AUGCUCAAGACGGUGCGGAGGAAGCGCAGCAUCGCGAGGUGGAGAACACUGGAAACGGUCUUCGAGGGCUAUGUACGGAAGCUCGAGAAGAAUAGCCGCCAGGCGGGUUUCUACAGGCACCUGAAGAUGAUCGACGUCGAAGGCAAGAGGUUGUUCACCUCUCAGAAUAUCAAGGAUGUUGACGGCAAGGUCCUUCGGGACCCCACGUUUAGUCGCCAACGGUGGGCGCGGUGGUUCCAUAAGCUUCUCAACACCAAGACGCCGACCAUCGACCUGCAUGAGGCUGACAAGGUCAAGCAGUGGCCCACGUGCAUGCCACUCGACGACAUCCCAUCUCUACUCGAGGUUGAGGAAGCGGUACGUGAAAUGGCCAAUAGAAGAGCCGUCGGGCCGGAGGACCUACGGGCUGAGCUAAUCAAGAUUUUCCUGGACGGAGAUCAACGUCUUCUUCGCGAAUUCCACGCCAUCGUCGUGGACGUGUGGCAGACGGGNGAGUCCGAACGGACGACGGGCAGGAUGCAACUUGGCCCCGCUGCUGUUCAACUUGUUAUUUUCCGCGAUGCUCAUGGUCACUGUAGCCGAGUUCGACAAGGACUCCAAGGUGACGGCGGACAUGGUCAAGAUCGNAUGCUCUACGCUGACGACGCGGCCAUCGUCUCGCUCACGCCGGAGAGCCUCGAAAAGAUGAUGUCCAUCAUCGUGCGCGUGGCCGGCCUGUUCGGACUGAUGGUAUCGGAGCCAAAGACGGAGAUCAUGUGCAUGCUGCCGAAAGGGAUCGAGGAACGCCCGUUUACGGUCAGCGCCGCCGGCCAGACUUACAAGCAGACAGAUCAGUUUGUGUACCUCGGACGUACCAUCUGCGCGGAUGGGCGACGGGCCGACCGCCAGCUCAAGAUCCGGCUACUNCCAUCUCUACUCGAGGUUGAGGAAGCGGUACGUGAAAUGGCCAAUAGAAGAGCCGUCGGGCCGGAGGACCUACGGGCUGAGCUAAUCAAGAUUUUCCUGGACGGAGAUCAACGUCUUCUUCGCGAAUUCCACGCCAUCGUCGUGGACGUGUGGCAGACGGGGGACAUACCACAGCAGUGGAAGGAUGCCACCAUCAAAGUGCUGUUCAAGAAGGGGGACACCAUGGAGUGCGGAAACUUCCGGGGCAUCUCUCUCGUCGUACAUACCGGCAAGGUACUGCUUAAGGUCGUCGCUACACGACAGAGCCACUACUACGAGCGAGAGGGCGUCCUCCCGGAGGAGCAGAGCGGUUUCCGCCCACACCGGUCGACGCUCGACAUGCUGUUCGCCAUCCAGCGGCUCCAUGAGCUCGCGAGGAAGAAGAGUACUGCGGUGUUCGCGUGCUUCGUCGACCUCACCAAGGCAUACGAUUCGGUAGACCGAGACCUAUUGUGGGACGUGCUCCGACGCUUCGGCGUGCCCCCGAAGAUGCUGGCGGUCAUUCGCCACUUCCACGAGGGCAUGAGGGCGCGGGUUCGAACGGACGACGGGCAGUACUCGGAAUGGUUCGACGUGGGCCAAGGCCUCCGACAGGGAUGCAACCUGGCCCCGCUGCUGUUCAACUUGUUCUUUGCCGCGAUGCUCAUGGUCGCCGUGGCCGAGUUCGACAAGGACCCCAAGGUGACGGCGGACAUGGUCAAGAUCGGGACACAAGUGGAGUACACGGGCAAGAAGGGCAGGUCGGCGGGGAAGAAGACGACGGUGGUGACGGACGCGGAGGCCUUGUGGGCCAUGCUCUACGCUGACGACGCGGCCAUCGUCUCGCGCUCGCCGGAGAGUCUCGAGAAGAUGAUGUCGGUCAUCGUGCGCGUGGCCGGCCUGUUCGGACUGAUGGUAUCGGAGCCAAAGACGGAGAUCAUGUGCAUGCUGCCGAAAGGGAUCGAGGAACGCCCGUUUACGGUCAGCGCCGCCGGCCAGACUUACAAGCAGACAGAUCAGUUUGUGUACCUCGGACGUACCAUCUGCGCGGAUGGGCGACGGGCCGACCGCCAGCUCAAGAUCCGGCUACUCCAGGCUGAAGAGGUGGAGACUCUCCUGUAUGGGUGCGCCUCGUGGAGUCUAACAGCGGAGCACUACACGAAGCUCAAUGGGACCCACCGCCAGUUCCUGACACGGUGCAUCAGCUGGAGCAAGCGGAAACGCUCAGACCGCCCCCUGUCCUAG